GUUGACUCUCCCAUCGUGUGCCCACCCAGCACCUUGAAAGCCUUCCCUUCCAGCAUGCUGGCUCUCGAGCGCAACGCUCGCAGUUUCUUCCUCCAAUGUCGCGCUUCUGCCCGGUGUCGACCAUCUCAACCAGUUCUGCUUCGUGGCAACCCCCAACGACGCGGCCUGGCAGCAGCCAUUGAGCCAGAACGGCCUACCAUUGCCCCAGCAGGGAAACCUUUCUACGUGACAACUCCCAUCUUCUAUGUCAACUCAGCACCCCAUGUCGGCCACCUCUACACGUUAGUCCUCGCAGAUGUUCUCAAACGAUGGGCAAAGCUUCGCGGCGAUCAGAGGGCGACCCUACUGACGGGAACCGAUGAACAUGGAAUGAAGGUUCAAAAGGCUGCUCAAAAGGCGAACACCGACAUCAAGUUGUUCUGCGAUCACCACGCUGAGCAGUUCAAGACAUUAUGUGACGCGGCCAAUAUCGACUAUGAUCGCUUCAUUCGUACCACGGACGAGGACCAUAAGGAUGUUGUCCGGUAUGUCUGGGAAGAGCUGAACCGCAGUGGAUACAUCUAUGAAGCCAAGCAUGAGGGAUGGUACUCGGUCAGCGACGAGACUUUCUAUCCCUCAACUCAAGUCCACAAAGUCCUCGAUCCCUCGACAGGGUUAACGAAAAUCGUCUCCAUCGAGACUGGAAAAGAUGUGGAAUGGACUUCGGAGAUGAAUUACCAUUUCCGGCUGUCCGCUUUUCAGGCUCCCCUGCUGAAGUACUACGAGGAACACGCAGGCGCCAUUGUCCCAAAACAGCGCAUGGCCUUCAUUAUGGACGAGAUUCGAAGUGGACUCAAGGACCUCUCUGUUUCUAGACCUUCAUCGCGGUUGACGUGGGGAAUUCAAGUUCCAGGUGACGAGAGCCAGACUAUCUACGUCUGGCUCGACGCCUUAUUCAAUUACCUGACAAUGACAGGAUACCCGUUCGUCAACCGAAAUGAUCCGAACAUGGUUUGGCCACCGAACUGUCAAGUCAUUGGCAAAGACAUUAUUCGUUUUCACACGAUAUACUGGCCUGCUUUCCUCAUGGCUUUGGAACUUCCUGUGACCGAAAGAUUCCUGACCCACGCUCAUUGGACGAUGAACAAUGAGAAGAUGUCCAAAUCAGCCGGGAAUGGGGUCAAUCCAUUCUACGCCAUGGACCGAUUCGGAGUGGAUUGUAUUCGAUUUUUCAUGGCACACAAUGGGGGUAUUGUCGACGAUGCUACCUACGACAAUUCCUUCAUUGAAGAAACGUACAAUCACUUGCUGAGGGGUGGUCUCGGAAAUCUGAUUCAUCGUGUCUUCAAGAGCAAGCACUUCGACGUCCGCGAAGCGGUCAGGUUGGCCAAGGAAGACGAGAGUUUCUCGAAAGCCAUCACUCAAGACCAAUGGCCCUCAAGUAAACCGGAACUGAAGGCCAUUCAUGCCAGUCUCAAAGGUCAAUAUGCCAAAUUAUGCACUGUGAGAGAAAUCGCAGACAGCCACAUGAAGGAACCAGAUCCCCGGAAGGCCGUCCAGUCAGUCUGCGAGCUCAUUGGAGAGACCAACAAGUUCUUUCACAACACCGGAGUCUGGAAGAUUAUCAAGAGUGCAGACCCCGAAACAAGACGCAUAGCCAAUUACGUCCUCUUCACGAGCGCGGAAUCUAUCCGAAUCAUGGCCAUCCUGCUCCAGCCAUUUAUGCCUGAAAGAAUGAAAGCCGCGCUUGAUUUGAUGGAAGUCAGCGAAUCAAAACGGGCAUUCGAGGACGCUGUUUUUGGUGCGGAUUUCGCAUAUGGCCCUCCAGCGCUCGAAGCCAAUGCAAAGGCGUCGGCUGAUGUCGUCUUUCCAAUGCUGUUGUCGUCUCAUUGAAAACACCAUGAGAAGCCACUGGAUCAAGCACAGGGACAAGCCUGCUUUAUCGUUCGACUCCAGCAUGGAAGACACAAUCACCUGUCGCCUUUCCCAUCUUCUCUGAGGGUUUCCCGGGACCGAGCCUUCCACGAGCGAAUAUUCUCGGCAACUACUCUCGAAGACCCGGUAAGCUUCACGGAUUGCUCCAAAUGUGGUAAACCUGGGCCGAAAGUCAAUACUCUUUCGCCCUGAAAUCCACUCGGACGAGGGCGCGAGUCCCCCAACUUCAUUUUGAUUGUUGUACCUGCAUUAGCGCGGUCAGCCGUACCAGAAGGAUUUGAUAAAGGCUGCAACAAUCUUGUAUUUUAUCUGUCCCAGAUAACCAUGUACUUUCAGAAUUCUACGCAGCCAGCCCACUUGUAACAUUCUCCUUGGACACCUGGUGCUCAUGAUCUGAUCUUUCAAACAACAAAGACGGGUUCCUCGUACGAGAUAAACGGCAAGAAGGCAGGGCUCGAGACACCCCUCUUUCGCGGAGAGCCAACUCCUUCGCGAGCAGCUGGCAGCUACCAGAUAUUUCAGAUACAAGGACAAGGACGUCAAGAGAGCGAGGGAACUGAGCGAAAAUCUGGGUGGUCAUGCUGAAAGUUCCAAUACGACGAUAUUUGCCAGUCUAUUCAGGGAAUGUUGAUCUCGGUGGUUACCAACAUGGUAAUAUUAGACCAUCGGGAAACGUGAUAUACACUUUGUGCCUCAAAUUUGAGGUCGAAGACAUGCAUUCCAAUGAUUGGCUCAUCUGAUCAACUAUAUAAAGAGGCGAGCCAGGAUGGUCCCCGACGUGAGCCUCAAAUUGAUGGAGUGCAAGCCUUGGUACUGUCUUACAAAUGUGGAAUCGAGAAUGGGAUUCCCCCAGCCGUUAAAACACGGGUCUGAACAGGUUGAAAUAAAGGGUGAAGCAGAAAGGUGUGUCCAGAUAUUCGGAAGUCGGGUUGACGGCAUCUUGUGGGAAGUAAAAAAGCGGUCGACCCAGAAUGCCCUACCAGCUUUCCCUGGAGUUGACAGCAGACUGCUCAAAUUGUACCCUUGUCCUCUUCACCCACGCCCUUUGUGCAUGGCGGCGUCCAUUCCCACCAGUGCUUUAGGAGUCGCAAUAUCCAGGGGAUUUGCCGCCACUGCUCCCAGCCCACUGCUGGAUCGUCAAGACGGUCGUGUACACACAACUUGCCAACCCGAAGGCAAACAUCAGAUAAUCUAACCAUCUCUGCAGGUCGGUCUUUGCCACAGCCUUGAGAUGCAACAAGGGAGGGUAGCAAUAUACCAGCGGUAUGCAUGCGAAGCUGCC